ACACACAGCACAGCACAACAGUGAACUGUCAAAGUCUUACAAUAAUCAAGGCGUGUACAGAUAUCGAGAAUAUCCAACUGUCUUUACAAUGCCCGCGCCAGUUCAAAUCAAUAUAUCUUGCAUGGUAUUUGACGCUUGAAAAUUCUGUGAUAAAAUGAAUCUAAAGAAGAGACUGUCCAUGCCUAAGGGCCAGCCAGGAGCAUGCCACUGAUCUUUUUCGCCUUCGUGGCGCGGGUCGGAGAUGGGCUCCCACUCUCGGCCUCAACAGACUUCCAGCACAACCGGGAGCUGCAGGAGCGCAAGCAGCAGCUGAAGGUCAUCUCCAAGUCACUGGCACUCUUCCCAGAGCGAGGGACAGUCAAGGGUCAUGACCUCCACAUCUACUUCCUGUCAACUGAGGGUGUGUCCUACAUGGCGGUGUGCUCCUGCCGGCUCCCUGCCGCCAUGGCCUUCUGCUUCCUUGAGGACGUCCGCUGGGAAUUCUCAGCCCGCUUCGAUGGCUCGGCGGUCGCCCUGGCAAGCAGGCCCUAUCCGUUCCUGGAAUUCGACAACAUCAUUCAGAAGCUGAAGCAGCAUUAUAACCAGAGUGGUGGGCCCUCGUUAGGGGUGACCCUAGCGGAGGUGCAGGACGAACUGAGGGUCAGCCCUCCCCAAAUCGUCAACCUGGAGGACGUACAGCUCGGCAACGGAGCCGCCAAUGGCCAUGCUGAACAAGUGCCUGGAACUGGGCCUAACCAGAGACUGGAGCCAGUGUCGGCCCCAGGGAUCCUUUCUCUAGUGCUCAACAUCAUGUGUGCCGCCCUUAACCUUAUCAGGGGCGUCCACCUUAUUGAGUAUACUUUCCAGGAUGACUAUGAUGGCAUAUGGAAUGUAGUUGCCUUUCUUUUGGCUUUUCUUUGCUGUGUUUGCCAGUGUCAGCUUUACCUAUUCCACUCCUCUCUGAAGAGGCUCAAGGCCUUCACCCUCCUGACCCUCAUCAUCUUGUGCAACGGCUUCUUGUUCGGGCUGAGGAACGUUUGGCAACUGACCUUCCAUGUGUCUGUGGCCUGCCUCUCCACAGCCCUCACCCUCACCAGGAAACUGCAGGACAGGAUGAGUGACUGUGGCGUCUGAGAGCCGUAAUGGCCGCCAGCUAACCCAGAGUGCAGGUGGGGAGAAGCACCCAUAUCAGACAUUGGAUUUAUUGCAAUAUAAAGGAAUGGAUGUGUUUUUGCUUUUUUGUUGGAAGAGUUGGUUUUGGUUGUGUGUUGACAGUGCACUGAAAUCAACGGUGUUGUCAUCAACUGGUGUGCGUGCGCGCGUGCAUGUGUGUGAUGUUUGACCUGAGAUGGCACACGUUGCCAAAAUGACAUGGUUUGGACUUUGUAGUCAUGAAAGUUGCCGUUGCCAGUACCAAGGGCUAAGUACCAACACAACUUAGGGCUAGGAGGUGAUAAAGGGAUUUUGAAUGGUAUCUUGACAAGUCUAGGCAUAGGUGAGCGGUGCCGUUGAUGAAGGUUGAACAGUAUUCCAUCCAAAUAAUUUCAGUUUUACUGAAACACCAGGCAAGGAGCCUGCUUUUAAUUGGUUUACAGGGUUAUGAAGCAACGUAGAUUGGUAGUAUAAGAUUUGCACUAGGAUUGUGUUUUUUUUUUUUUUUUAUUUAUUCCAUUUCAACUCAUCCAAUGCAAUUUUGUUAUUAAAAUCUUUAUUUGUCUUAUAAUGAUGUGUAAGUAAGUAGCUACAUACUUAUGUAAUUAGUAAUUUUGUAAUUUUGAUAAUGUUUCAUGUAUAACUGUUUGUAGAUGAAUUUGCAAGAGGUCUUAAUACUCCUUUAAUGGUAUAACUCAGUAUGCCUAAGCUGGUGUGUUUGUGGCUGACAUAAGCUCAACUAGUUUAGAAUAGCUUUUGCACUUAGUCAUUGUUUACAAUAUAUCAGUCUCUGAUAGCGAGGUUUAUAAUUUGUUAUUGUGAUUGAACGUUUAUUUGAUAGCCCUGGCCUAUACGUCCCCUACUUUACCAUGUUUCUGUGGUCAGUACACAAUCAUGAAAAAAACCUGUGUGAUGACCCAUAGUACAGUUCUCUGAGGGAAGGCCAGAGAAGCUAGAUUACAAUGAUAUGUGGUAAAUAUUACUGUUGCAGGCAACUGUACAUGUAUGACCCUGUGUUGUGACAAUGGUAUUAAGUGGAAACACGGUUAAUAAUAUACAAUGUCUGUGCAGUUAACAAUGUGUAUGGCUUGGCAACAAUAUUGAGCAGUGAACCGUUUUAAUGUCAUGUCUUCUCUUUGCUACAAAGAUAGAUUUUGUUUGCUGAAGAUCAGUGCAGCUCAGAACAUUGAUAUCCAGAGGUGGACUAAGUACACAAUUCCCUUACUUAAGUGAAAGUAUAGAUACACCUUGUCAAAUAUUACUCCAAUACAAGUGAAAGUUGCUAAGUCAGAUUUUUACUUAAGUUGAAGUACAGAAGUAUUUGCUUUUAAAAAUACUUAAGUAUUCAGAAGUACAAGUUGUCCUUUUUUAUGUAUUGUAAUGUAAUGUUUAUUUGGUCAGUAAUAGGGUAUACAUCCUUUGGUCAGUCAUAGGACUUGAACAGACCUUUAGUUCCUUACAUCCAACAAAAACAUUUGGCCUAUUUUCAUAACUUUGCAACUGUUUAAAUGGAUGCAACAAUAUAAUUUAAAUAAAGGUUGAAUUCACAAAUCUAAAACAUUUUCACCACUAAACACAAAACCAGAUAACUCAAUUAUGAGUAGUAGAUUAUUUAUCGUUUAAUGAUGUACACUAAACAUCUAGCUAUGUGGUGAAUGUCAGGUGAUUUCAUUCCAAUUUCACAAUUAUCUUGGAGGAUAGCCUGGUUAACACCACCACUUAUCAAAUCUCAUUUGCUAACAGGUUUGUCUGGGUUCUCCCAGACUAUAUGGACAAUGUUCUGAUGAAGAAUCUGUUGUCAACAUCAUUACCAUAGGCAAUUCAGCUAAGUUCAAAUUGGACUAUUGAAAAAAAUGAACUUCAAGAUUGUUUUUCGCAUUAUUGCAUUCAAAGAAUCAAAUGUGGUUAAAAGUAACAAGUAGGCUACUCAUGCUAAUAUUUCAAAAAUAGUGGAGUCAAAAGUACAGUAUUUGCCUUUCAAAUGUAGUGGAGUAAAA